CGGCCGGCGCUGAGCGAGCUGGAGAUCUCAGCGCUGCGAGCGGCAGGAGCAGAGGCGCGCGGGGCGGGGAGGCGGUCCGCGCGGGGGCGGCGGGACUCGGGUGGGGGGCUCGAGGGACGCCGAGCCCCGCCCCGCCCCUCCUCUCUCCUCCUUCAGGACCGGAGGAGCGGGGAGCAUGGACCAAACCUCGCUGCUCUGGCACCAUGACGCCCGUCCGCUUCGUGGUGGCUCUGAUUUUAGGGCUGCUCCCCGUAGUGGUCAGCUCUGAGCCGGUCCUCCGUUACCCCCUCCACCACCGCCACCGCCAUCCGCGCCUGCCGAGUCCCCAGUUUCCUUCCCACCUUCCCACCCAGCAGCGGCCGCGGAGGACGCCCCUGUCCCCUCUGGCGCGUGCCCCGCGCCCCCCGCCGGCGCCCGGUGCGCAGAGCCCGCUUGCCCUCCACGCGGGGCGAGCGAUCCGGCCGCACCCCGGGGGCUGCCCCGCCGGCGGGCCCUGGGUCAACGUGACGGACUUCGGCGCCCCGUGUCUGCGCUGGGCCGACGUGCCACCCCUGCUGGAGCGGUCGCCCCCGGCGGGCUGGGCUCCACUGCGAGGGCAGCGCCACAACUUCUGCCGGAGCACUGACGGCGCGGGCAGACCCUGGUGCUUCUACCGGAACGCUCGCGGCCGCGGGGACUGGGGCUACUGUGCCUGCGGACACGGGUCAGUACGACUUCGCGGUGGCAAAAGUGAGUUUGAAGGCACAGUGGAGGUGUAUGCUCACGGUGCUUGGGGCACAGUCUGCGGCAGCCACUGGGAUGACGCUGAUGCCACCGUCGUUUGUCACCAGCUGCAGCUGGGAAGAAAAGGAAUAGCAAAACAAGCCCCGUUUUCCAGUCUGGGCCUUGUUCCCAUUUACUGGAGCAACGUCCGUUGCCGAGGAGACGAAGAAAAUCUACUGCUUUGUGAAAAAGACAUCUGGCAGAGUGGGGCAUGUCCUCAGAAGAUGGCAGCUGCUGUCACGUGCAGCUUUUCCCAUGGCCCAGCGUCCCCCGGCCUCCGCCUUGCCGGUGGGAACACUGCACGCGAGGGCCGCGUGGAACUCUACCACGCUGGUCAGUGGGGGACCAUCUGUGACGACCAGUGGGACGACGCAGAUGCAGAAGUGGUCUGCAGGCAGCUGGGCCUGAGUGGCAUCGCCAAAGCGUGGACUCAGGCGUAUUUUGGGGAAGGAUACGGCCCGAUAAUGUUGGACGAAGUACGCUGCACGGGCAAUGAGCUUUCUAUCGAGCAAUGUCCAAAAAGUUCCUGGGGAGAGCAUAACUGUGGCCACAAAGAAGAUGCCGGGGUGUCGUGCACCCCACUGACGGAUGGGGUCCUCAGACUUGCAGGCGGGAAAGACAGCCAUGAGGGUCGCUUGGAGGUGUAUUACAGGGGACAGUGGGGGACCGUCUGUGAUGAUGGCUGGACUGAGCUGAAUACAUACGUGGUUUGCCGACAGCUGGGAUUUAAAUAUGGCAAGCAAGCGUCUACAAACCACUUUGAAGAAAGCAGAGGGCCCAUAUGGUUGGAUGACGUCAGCUGCUCAGGAAAGGAAACCAGUUUCCUUCAGUGUCCCAGGCCACCGUGGGGUCGGCAUGACUGCAGCCAUCGGGAAGACGUGGGCCUGACCUGCUACCCCGGCAGCGAGGGACACAGGCUCUCCCAGGGUUUUCCUAUCAGACUGAUGGAUGGAGAAAAUAAGAAGGAGGGCCGAGUGGAGGUUUUUAUCGGUGGCCAGUGGGGGACAGUCUGUGACGACGGCUGGACUGACAGGGACGCAGCUGUGAUCUGCCGACAGCUUGGCUACAAGGGUCCUGCCAGAGCAAGAACCAUGGCUUAUUUCGGGGAAGGAAAAGGACCCAUCCACGUGGAUAAUGUGAAGUGCACAGGAAAUGAGAGGUCCCUGGCCGACUGUAUCAAAGACGAUAUCGGAAGACACAACUGCCGCCACAGUGAAGACGCGGGCGUUAUUUGUGAUUAUGUUGGCAAGAAACCGUCAGGUAACAGUAAUAAAGAGCCCCUGUCCUCCGUCUGUGGUCUGAGUGCACGGCAUCGCCGGCAGAAGCGUGUCAUCGGUGGGGAAAACUCCUUAAGGGGUGGUUGGCCUUGGCAGGCGUCGCUCCGGCUGAAGUCGUCCCAUGGAGACGGCAGGCUGCUCUGUGGGGCCACGCUCCUGGGAGGCUGCUGGGUUCUCACGGCGGCACACUGCUUCAAGAGGUACGGUAACAGCACGCGGAGCUACGCCGUUCGGGUCGGGGAUCAUCACACUCUGGUGCCCGAGGAGUUUGAAGAGGAGAUGGGGGUUCAGCAGAUCGUCCUUCACCAGGCCUACCGACCCGACAGCAGUGACUACGACAUCGCCCUGGUGAGGUUACAGGGACCGGGGACAUGUGCCCGAUUCAGCAGCCGUUUGCCAGCCUGUUUGCCAGCCUGGAGAGAGAGGCCACAGAAGACAGCCUCCAAUUGUCACAUCACGGGAUGGGGAGACACAGGACGAGCCUAUUCCAGGACUCUGCAACAAGCAGCCAUCCCCUUGCUUCCCAAGAGGUUUUGUGAAGACCGUUAUAAGGGUCGCUUUACAGGAAGGAUGCUGUGUGCGGGAAAUCUGCAUGAACACAGACGUGUGGACAGCUGCCAGGGAGACAGCGGAGGACCCCUCAUGUGUGAACGGCCGGGAGCACGCUGGGUUGUGUACGGGGUGACCUCCUGGGGCUAUGGCUGUGGGGUCAAGGAUUCGCCUGGUGUUUAUACCAAAGUUGCAGCCUUUGUACCUUGGAUAAAAAGUGUCAUCAAAUUGUAAUUCAUGGAAACCUUAAGAAAAGGUUUAAAGAAUCUGCUGGAACUUGCAGCCUUCACAUUAGUACUCAGAGACGCCAGUUAAUGGGGCCUGAGGUCCAUGUUUGUGCUUUGUGUUGUGAUACAGACUGAGUAUCCCCUCUGCUGUUGGUGAGAAUUUGUGAUGUGAACGUUUUGGGUCGAUACCUCAGUGUAGUACUGAUUAUUCUGUGAGCAUCCUUGCCUCCCCAGAGCAAUUUCAUUGGACACUAAAUUCUUAAUCUUCUCAUUGAACCUUGUUUUCCCUUCUGCCUAUUUCCCAGCAUUCUCUGGAGACUGUAUAUAUUGAUUGUGCAAAAAGGCUGUUUUUACACUGGGAUUGAGAACUUGUAAUUGAAUCAGUGAUACACGAAUUCAUAUCAAGUGCCCAUAUUUGACAUACCCAUUAUUGCACUCAAAAUAGGCAGUUUUCUGUUUACAUUAAUUUUUAGUGAUUCUUUUCCCAAAGGCUGACAAGACAUCUUCAUGCAUUGAAUCUCUGUAGCCUUUGUCAAGAGAAAAAUCAAGGUCAAAAGAGGGAAAGGAAUUCUACGAACCUAGACUGGACUAGGAUCAGUGUCACAACACAUUCCUGAAUGAAGCCUUUGCACCAAGCACUAUGGCAAUCACCAGAAAAACAUUCUACCUUGUAUGUUACUAGCAAAAUUGGAAAGGAUUCCCGAUAACAUAAUAAAAAAACACCUUCAAGUUGUUGGAUGCACAACCUAAUUAUCCACCCUGUUUGUUAUCAUUUCUAUUCUGGUUACUUGUAACCCUUCUGAUUUAAAGCUUGGUAGAAGUCUGUUCCUUAGCGUCCUGCCAAGGACUAUGACGUUAGAGCGCCAUCUAUUGCAACUUCACGGUAACUGACUAAGCCUAGCCCAGUAGUAGUCACACCUAAAAAAAUACGCUAUUAAAAAUGUUUUCUGUCCACAGUGGGGCAAAGUGUGUUGCCCAAAGUGGUAAGGACUAGCUGCCUACAUGUACCCUCACAGGACAUUCUUGGUGGCAGUGUAAACCCUUUGCCCAAGUAGAAGAGGUGUGCCCCUCAGUAUACCGGAGUAUCCUGCUCAGAGUGAGAAUGAUGGGUCAGUCCUGCCCCAAAUCCCGGGUGGCUUAAACAACUCUCACAUACCCAAGGCAUAGAUGCAUGGAAAGGUGAAGCGGUGGCGAGAAUUUUAGGAUUAGGGAUGGUUAAGUGAUGCUUUUGAGAAGGGACUUGACCCCUUUCCCUUCUGCACCAAACGGUGCUUUGUAAAAAAAACUGGUGCUAACCAACGGUGCUUUGCUUUCUAGUUUACGGUGUUGCAGAAUUGCAUUGCCAUGACAGGUAGAAUAACACUAAAACUUUUCUAAAAACUCAUGAUUUUGAUAGAGCAAACUUUUCAAGCAUUUACAACUAGAAACGAUAGUGCACACUUGUAGGGCUCGGGAAAAAUGUGCAAUACAGGUUAGAAACGGGCUGCCCUUAUAAUUCAACUACAAAGCCAGUGCAAG